AUGAGUAAAGCUGCUGAACCAGUUGAUUUCAAUAAAUCAGCUUACGUUGCAUUAUCUUGUCUAAUUGCCUUUGUUAUUGUUAUAACGAUUUGCAUCCUCAAACAAUUCAUUUGGGACCCGCUAUUAUCCCAUCGCUUUCAAAUACUUCGACCCGUUCUCACCGAAUCAGUGCACAAACUAUCCGCAUCGUUUUAUCGCACACAAUCAAACGGAACAUCAAAUGUAUCUUUACAUCGUUCGCUCUCCGAAGCAUGUGUUAAACCGACCGAUCCGCCAAUCAAUCCAAGCAAAACAUUCAUUACAGUGACACAUAGUUUACCCACGAACGAGAGUCAAUAUGAUCCCAUCAAUAAGAAUCCUCCGCAACGUUCCUACGGCUCAUCAUUAUUGAACCCAUAUGUUUAUGUUAAUUAUGCUGCUGAUGAUCUGCAUGACGAGCAAACAAACACACCAACAUUACAAUUUAGUUGUGAAUACAAUCCAACAACAUUUAGCAUACAUUUAAAAAUCAAAAACCUCCGAAAUUUGAGUAUCUUUCAAAAAGCAAUUAAAGCACACACGUCGAUUUUAGUUCGAUUUUGUUUGCCCAAAUGUCAGUCGAAUCAAACAUCUGCUCGACCUUUCCAAGACUUUAUUCAAUUCAAUGAGAAGUUCACCAUCUUAAAUCAUGUUCAUCCGGGCGACACAUUGAAUUACAACAUCAAAUUUUCUCUUAUAUUAAUUAUCGAUGAUAAAACCUAUGAUAUAGCUGAAGCAAACUAUUCGAUGAAGAAUGAUUCGUUAACCUACGUUCUCUUUGUGGACAAAACAAUACCAAUGAGCUUGAAAUUAGUGGAAAGUCAAAUGAAAUAG